AUGGGAGCUCUGGUGAGGUUCUGGCGCCGGUCAUACGCUGCGGACUAUUCGAUCCUCAUAUUUUUGGUUGUUACGUGGGUGAUGCUACAACUCUUCGUACACCCAUUUCACCAGAUGUUCAGCCUGGAUAAUACGUCUAUCCAAUACCCCUUUGCCAUUGUUGAACGGGUCCCAGUCUUAUGGUCCAUCAUCUACUCCGGCGUCUUUCCUCUCCUUGCAAUAGUCGUCUGGUCCGUUCUAUUUCGUCCAGGAAGUCAUUUUGUCCAUGUCACCCUUCUCGGCCUCCUUGCUGCGCUGCUGGUCACCAUAUUUGUAACCGAUAUAAUCAAGAACGCUGUUGGCAGGCCACGGCCGGACCUGAUAUCACGCUGCAAACCGGAAAAAGGCACUCCAGAACAUGCACUGGUGGACUACACAAUAUGUACAUCCACCAACCAACAUAAUCUAAACGAGGGUUGGCGGAGUUUUCCUAGUGGACACAGCAGUUUUGGGUUUUCCGGCCUAGGCUAUCUUUCAUUCUUUCUUACUGGACAACUGCGGGCCUGGCGCCCUCAUUCUGGCCUUGCCCGCCUCCUCGUCUCUCUGUCUCCUCUGCUUGGGGCGCUGAUGAUUGCCAUUUCCCGAGUAGCUGACUAUCGUCACGACGUGUAUGACGUGAGCAGUGGCUCGAUAAUAGGCCUCGGGACGGCGUAUCUGGUGUAUCGCUGCUAUUAUCCGUCUCUGUGGGCGGUAGAUUGUGAUACACCUUAUCAUCCGGACGAUCAGGGGGCGAUGCAUGGGUUUCAGCGAGUCGGCGGCGACGAGGAACAGGCGUUUCAGUCGCAGCAAGUGUAUAACGAACAAGCAUACCGUAUGCAACCUCUCGACCAUGGGAGGUAA